AUGGAGGGUGUUCAGGGCGCUGCAGGUGGAAGAGCAGUGACGGAUUUUCAAUCUCAGAGGGAGCCGCAGAUUAGUUUGGAUUUGCAGGAUGAUGGAGGAUUCGUUUUCUCUCUGGUGGUCAGGGCAAGCCUGAGAGCUGCCGAGUCACCCUCGCUGAUCUGCGGCGACAGCGAUCAAUCCUUCCAGCCUUGCCGUCCCCCUCACUGGAUUCGGAUCACCGAUAAGGGAAGAGGGGCUCAGAGAGGGAAAAGGGGGAGGAAUUUGAAUUCCAUACGCUGUCUGGGAAACGCAUUUCCCCUUUCCGCCUUCCCUAAGACAAUCACAGAAAGUAGCAGCGGGGUUGACAUCACCUUUUUCAGCCAGCUGUGGGAGGCAGAUUAUAGGGUUCCCACCCCGCCGCCAGCCACCACAUCCGCAGAAGGCACCGACCAAAAUUUCGAGGGAGAGGCCAUGGCUGAGCAAGGGACAGGGAGGGGGAAAUCCAAGAACAAGAGUGGACGGGGAGGGAGCAGCAAUCCACGGCCCCCUGGUUGGGGGCUUGAUCAGAAUCCUUCCCCCCAAUUCAAAUUCCCGUUCGGAUACCCAACUCCACCAUGGGGUUUCCCGAAUCAGCUCCCAGGAAAUUAUCCUCCACCACCAGGACAAUGGCAAGGCCCUCCACCCCCGUGGGCUGCGCAGCAACAAGGGUUUGGAUUUGGAGGUCUGGGAGGCAUUCCACCGCCAGGGCCAGGAAUCCAGGUUCAGCAACCCCAAUCGCAAGCGCAGAUGGGCGGACAGGGGCAGCAAAAUUUCCCCAAAGGGCAACCAAACCCUGCAGGCCAACAGAAGCAACAACAACAGAGAGGUCCGAGCAAGCAAGCAGCAAAGAGAUCUGCGAAAACCCUGCUCGACGUUGCGGCAGAUCUGAAAGCUUACUCUGCUGAUAUCUGCCUCAACUGUGGAGAUCCUGGUCACCCAGCUGUGGACUGUGCUAAGCCCAAAUCCUGCCAAAUCUGCAAGAUGAUCUCUCAUGCUGCUGAUGUAUGCCCAGUGAGGAAGCAACCGCACCAGACAGCAAGAUACAUUGGAAGCGCGGCCCCUGGACUUGGCUUCUACCAUGUGGAGCUGCCUGAUGUCAAUGCUCAGAGGAUUGGGACACUGCAAAACAUUGGAAUCGUCCAUGUGGAGGAGGGCGGCAUUACAAAAGAGGAAUUAGCUGCAGAAUUCACCAUCAUCUACAAAACUAGAUGGCCAUGGCAGAUCAGGUCAUUAGAUGAAUGGUCCUUCCUAGUUAAGUUUCCUCCUGAGAUUCCUGUUACUCAGGUAGCCGGAUACCCCUGCUUUGGGCUCUCAAAAGAAGGGGUCACAGUAAAUGUAGAGGAAUGGAAUGGAAAGGUAGAGGCUCAAGCUGAGGGUCAACAAGUGUGGGUCAGGCUCCUGAGAAUGAAUCCCAAGUGGUGUGAAUGGGCUGUCCUAGACCAGAUUGCCUCAGUUUUUGGGCUCUUGGUUGAUGUAGACUGGGAACACAUGUUCAAAACCUUCUAUGAAUUAAUCAGGAUCAAAGUGGUGUGUAAAGACAGUAGUAGGAUCCCUCUAGAAAGGCUCUUCUUCCUGGAUGGGGAAUUCUACAUGAUAGGGAUAGAAGUAGAACCAAACACUGAUCAGGGGGCUCUGUGA